CCCCAGCAGGCAGAGCUGGCUGGCGUCUGCCGGCCGGGCAGGCGCUGGCGCCCAGCUCAGGGGCUGCGGUGGCAGGUGGGAGCCGCUGGCCGGGAAGGGACGGGCAGGAGGCAGUUUCUGGCCCCGGCCCGGCUCCGCGAUCGCCCACUCGGGCGCCUGGGCUCGGUGGGCCCGGCAGGGAAGGGCUGCCACCGCUGUGCAUUCGCGAGGCCUGGCGUGGCUGCGGGACCCAAGAGUGGCGUAAGGGCCCACCCUCCGCCGACCCUGAGACCGCCCGAGCGGGUCGCCGGCCUGCCGCCUGUGAGGCGGCGGCGCGCCUUUCCUUCCUUCCCUCCCGGGUUCGGCCCGAGCUCUGCUUGUGACCCCUCCGUCAACCUCCAGACUCCCAGGUAGGGAGGAGCCCCGAACACUCGGCCGGUGUGGAAAAAGCAUCUGGGCAUGGAUUCCCUUCCCUGCCUUGGUGUGCAUCUGCUCAAACUCUUCUGACCCCUGAAGCAGAAAUGGUGUGGAAUCUGGGCUAAACCCUUAUUGCAGGGACUCUAAGCCACCAACCCUACUGAAAAGAUGGGCAUGAGGUAGAUGGCCCUCAGCCUUUCCCUGCUGACUGUUUCACACUACCCCAGUGGCUUCAGUCCUGGUGCUUCAUCUUUUUCCCUCCACUUUGCCUCUCCUACUCCACUCUGGUUUUCCUGCCUCCCUCUUCAGUCAUAAGACACAAGGCUGGGCCAAGGCCUCCAGGGGAGAGCUCUGCCAUCAAGGAAGACAGCACAGGACAAGGACCCACCCAUGGACCCUUCCCUGGACAGCCCAACAGCACUAGUGGGGGUGCUCUCCUAAGUCGCACAAAGCCUGGGCACACCAUCCAUCCUUCGGGAAGAGUCAUGGUGUUAAGGAGGGGCAGGGGCUGUUCCCAGCAGUGGCCUGGCCUGGGAAGGGGGGAUGCUUGCACAGGCCCCCUAGGCAUGCUCGGAGCUGCCCUGCUGCUCAUCAGCCUGCCAUGGGGGGCCCAAGGGACAGCCAGUGCUAACCUCAGCACAGCUCUGGGCCACACUGUGCCACUGACAGGAGGCUGCUACUUGAGCAUUGGGGAUGGUUCUGUGAUGGAGUUUGAGUUUCCUGAGGAGAGUGAGGGCAUCAUCGUGAUCUCGAGCCAGUACCCGGGCCAGGCCAAUGGGACAGGGCCCGGCCCCACACUGAGGGUCACAUCCCUGGACACAGAGGUGCUGACCAUCAAGAAUGUGAGUGCCAUAAGCUGGGGCGGAGGGGGUGGCUUUGUGGUUAGCAUCCACUCAGGUCUGGCUGGGCUGGCCCCACUCCACAUCCAGCUCAUGGACCCCCAUGAGGCCCCGCCCAUGCUGAUCGAGGAGCGGAGAGAUUUCUGCAUCAAGGUGUCACCUGCUGAAGACACUCCUGCCACCCUCAGCACCAACCUGGCCCACUUCUCGGAGAACCCAAUACUAUACCUGCUCCUGCCUCUUAUGUUUGUUAACAAGUGUUCAUUUGGGUGCAAAGUGGAACUUGAGGUUCUGAAGGGGCUUGUGCAGAGCCCCCAGCCCAUGCUGCUGGGCCUCCUUGGCCAGUUUCUGGUCAUGCCCUUCUAUGCUUUCCUGAUGGCCAAGGUCUUCAUGCUGCCCAAGGCCUUGGCUCUGGGCCUCAUCAUCACCUGCUCGUCACCUGGUGGCGGGGGGAGCUACCUCUUCAGCCUCCUUCUUGGAGGGGAUGUCACCCUGGCCAUCUCCAUGACUUUCAUCUCAACAGUGGCUGCCACCGGUUUCCUGCCACUGUCCUCGGCCAUCUACAGCCGCCUGCUCAGCAUCCAUGAAACACUCCAUGUGCCCAUCUCCAAGAUCCUGGGGACUCUGCUGUUCAUCGCCAUCCCCAUAGCAGCGGGUGUUGUGAUCAAGUCCAAGCUCCCCAAGUUCUCCCAGCUGCUGUUGCAGGUCAUCAAGCCCUUCAGCUUUGUGCUCGUCCUGGGUGGCCUCUUCCUGGCCUACCGCAUGGGGGUCUUCAUCUUGGCAGGCGUCAGGCUACCCAUCGUACUGGUGGGCCUCACAGUGCCCUUAGUUGGCCUUUUGGUGGGCCACUGCCUGGCUACGUGCCUGAAACUGCCAGUGGCUCAGCGGAGGACAGUAAGCAUCGAGGUAGGGGUGCAAAACAGUCUGCUGGCCUUGGCCAUGCUGCAGCUGUCCCUCCGCCGCCUUCAAGCUGACUAUGCCUCCCAGGCCCCCUUCAUUGUGGCACUGAGUGGCACCUCGGAGAUGCUGGCCUUGGUCAUUGGCCACUUCAUCUAUAGUAGCCUGUUCCCAGUUCCUUGAGGCCUCUGGGUCAAGCUUUCAUCAUCCCCCAGCCCUCACACUGUCCCCACAGUUCUUGUGUACCAAAGGCCUUUAGUUCUCAUGCACUAUGCACUCAGAAAAAUCCAGGCUUAUUUUUUUUACUGAUUUUUUAUUCUCCAGCUUUCAGUGCCAAAGAGGCCAUGCUGAUUUAGGUAGGUGGGCACUGCCCAGAAAAUAUAUUUCAAUAAAAGAGAGAAGCAA